AGAAGUCAACUCAGCGUGCUGUUUUGUUUACAAAAGAGCAACUUUUGUUUCUUUAUUCAAUUUACUUUACCAAACCGUGUUUCCAAACAUCUGUCCUGCUGUAGUUCAGCUCGUUUUCGUCUGGUUCAACGUCGAUGGGAUCAGGGUCGAUUUGCCCCCUCCAAUAACAUCAUCAUCUACUUCAAAACCCUCACUUCCUCUCCUUGCCAUGUAAAUGAAAUUCGAUCUUUCUUAUCAUCCCAAGCAUUGGAAAUAAUAUGACAACGACGAGUAUAUCGUAGGAGUGGGCUUCUGUAGAGGCAUACGAAGCGUCCAAUACAUUAGAAAUGGGCUUUGGCGACGUCAACUGAACCCAAGUCAUCUGUAGUAGUUUGAGAAUUGUGAGCAAAAAUCAUGGCAAUGCAAGAAUCAUUGUUGCGCUCUUCUUCCUUUAGCUAUGGAUUCAAAUACGAUGUGUUUCUCAGCUUUAGAGGCGAAGAUACUCGUCACGGUUUCACAGGCCAUCUCUACAAAGCUCUUCUUGACAGAGGAAUCCACACCUUCAUUGAUGAUAAAGAGCUUCAAAGAGGAGAGGAAAUCACACCAUCACUUGUCAAGGCAAUUGAAGAAUCCAGGAUUUCCAUCAUUGUGUUCUCCAAGAACUAUGCUUCUUCUUCAUUUUGCUUGGACGAACUUGUCCAUAUCCUUCACUCCAUCAAGGAAAAUGGUCGGUUGGUUUUGCCAGUUUUCUAUGACGUUGACCCUUCUGAUGUGCGAAAGCAUACAGGUACUUAUGGUGUGGCAUUGACUAGGCAUGAGGAGAGGUUUAAGGAUAACAUGGAAAGGUUGCAUAAAUGGAAGAUGGCUCUGAAUCAAGCAGCUGACUUGUCUGGCUUUCAUUUCAAACAACAAGGGAAUGAGAAUGAAUAUGAGUUUAUUGAGAAGAUUGUUAAAGUGGUCUCCAACAAUAUUGAUCGUGCUCCUCUACAAGUUGCGAAGUAUCCAGUUGGAAUGGAGUCUAAAGUGAAAGAAGUAAUGUCACUUCUCAAUGUCCGAUGUGAUGGAGUCCGCAUGAUAGGGAUCCAUGGAAUUGGGGGAAUAGGGAAGACGACAGUUGCUCGAGCAGUUUAUAAUGCUAUUGCUGAUUCAUUUAAAGCUUUGUGUUUUCUUGAUAAUGUGAGAGAAAAUUCAAUUAAACAUGGAUUAGAACGUCUCCAAGAGACACUUCUUUCUGAUUUAGUAGGAGAGAAGGAUAUUAAGUUAACAAGUGUCAAUAAAGGAAUUUCAAUAAUAGAGCAUAGGCUCCAAAGGAAGAAGGUUCUUUUAGUUCUUGAUGAUGUUGACAAAUUGGAGCAAUUGCAGGCAACUGUUGGAGGGCUUGAUUGGUUUGGUUCUGGCAGCAGAAUCAUCAUUACAACUAGGGAUAAGCAUUUGCUAAAAAGUCAUGGGGUUGAGAAAACUUAUGAGUUAGAUGGGUUGAAUAACAAAGAAGCUCUUGAAUUACUUUGUUGGAGUGCUUUUAAAACUGACAGAGUUGAUUCCAGUUAUGUGGAAAUUUUAAAUCGUGCAGUAACUUAUGCUUCUCGACUUCCACUGGCAUUGGAGGUAAUGGGUUCCUAUUUGUUUGGGAAAAGGAUAGAAGAAUGGGAAUCUGCAUUAGAUAAGUAUGAGAGAAUUCCUAAUAAAGAGAUCCAAAAGAUACUUGAAUUAAGUUUUCAUUCUUUGGGGGAAUAUGAGCAGAAAAUUUUUCUUGAUAUUGCUUGUUUCUUCAAAGGAAAUAAUUUAGCAUAUGUCAAAAAGUUACUUUAUGCUCAUCAUGGUAUCUGCCCAGAAUAUGGUCUUGGAGUGUUGAUUGAAAAGUCUCUCAUAAAGAUUAAUGUAUAUCGUAAUGUAACAUUGCAUGACCUGAUAGAGGACAUGGGUAAAGAAAUUGUCCGACAGGAAGCCCCAGAAGAGCCAGGCAAACGUAGUAGAUUAUGGUUCCCCAAUGAUAUAGUUCAAGUUUUAGAAGAUAACACGGGAACUAGUAGUAUUCAAAUACUAAUGCUGGAUUUCCUCAAAUUUGAAGAAGUAGUUGAAUGGGAUGGAAACGCCUUCAAGGAGAUGAAAAACCUCAAAACACUUAUUAUUAGAAAAGGUUGUUUUUCGGAAGGUCCCAAACAUCUUCCAAAUAGUUUGAGAGCACUAGAAUGGUGGAGAUAUCCUUCACCAUCUUUACCGUCUAAUUUUCGUCAAAAGAACCUUGAGUUUGUGAAUAUGAGAGUUUUGAAUUUUAAUGGUUGUCAUUGUAUUACAGAGAUACCUGAUGUAUCAGGUGUUCCAAGUUUGGAAGAAUUAUCAUUUGAAUGUUGUGAUAAUUUAAUUAGAAUUCACAAAUCAGUUGGAUUACUUAAAAAACUUAAAAUCUUGAACGCUGAUGGUUGCAAGAAGUUUAGGAGUUUUCCACCCAUCAAGUUGACCUCUCUUGAAGAACUCCAGUUUUCAUGUUGUCCUAGUCUUGAGAAUUUUCCAGAAAUAUUAGGAAAGAUGGAAAAAAUAACACAUCUUGAAAUCCAAGACACCCCCAUAAAAGAACUGCCAUUUUCAAUUCAAAAUCUCACUCGUCUUCGAACUCUAGAGCUGUCACGUUGUGGAGUUUUCCAGUUACCAAGCAACAUUUCGAUGAUGCGAGAUUUUGAUCAUUUUAUUUUUGAGGAAUGUGAGGGGUUGCUUAUAUCUAAACAGGACGAAGGUGAUGCACAAGUGAGCUCAUUGAUGUUAAAGAAAACCUUUGAUAUUAACCUUUCGAAAUGCAAUAUGUCAGACGAAUUCAUUCGAAAAGGUCUCCCUUUGUUUUUCAAUAUGCGACGGUUAUUCCUUUACGAGUGUAAUCUUAAAAGUCUUCCUGCAUGCAUCAAAGAAUGUCUCUUUUUGACAGAAAUUCAGUUAUUUUUGUGCGAGAAUUUUCGGGAAAUUGGAGGGAUUCCACCCAACUUAGAAACAUUCAAAGCAUAUGAGUGCACAUCCUUGAAAGAUUUAGACCUCACACUAUUUCCUGAAUGUUUGACGACACUUUUUCUUAUAAAUUGCGAGAAUCUUCAAGAAAUCAGAGGGAUUUCACCCAACAUAAGAACUUUGGGUGCAACAGAAUGCCCAUCCUUGACUUCCGAGUGUAGAAGCAUGUUACUUAAUGAGGAAUUUCAUGAGGGUGGAGACAAACUGUUUUUCUUGCCAGAAACAAGGAUUCCAGAGUGGUUUGAGCACUGUAGCAAUGGACCGUCAAUUUCAUUAUGGUUUCGUAACAAGGUCCCUGCCAUAUCUCUAUGUUUUGCUAUUCGAUUCAAAUCAUUUUAUACAGAUGAUGGCUAUUUUGAGCUCAAUAUUGAAGUCAACGGCAUUUCAGUAGAUACAAGAGUGUGUUUCAGUUGGUUUCUCCUGGAAAGGGAUUAUACAGUUCUUUGUGAUAUAAAACAGGAAAAACUUGACGGAAUUUUUUCUGAUAUAGAAGAAAAUAAAUGGAAUUAUGUGGUGUGUACUGCAUCAAUUAGAGGAGAAGAAGUGUUUGUCAAACAAAGUGGAAUCCAUGUAUUCAAACAAGGAAGUUGCAUUGAGGACAUUCAAUUCACCGAUCCACUAUUGCUGAAAGAAGAGCAUGAGCAUAGAUUGAUGGACAUGACAGAUUCUCAGACAAUUUAUGCAGCACCAAACAAUAAUGUGAAUUGGCAUUCAAAUUCAAUGGUACCAAAGCUGGGGAGUAGCACUCCCGAUUUCCAAGGAUGUGAAAUUGUGUCCAGAAAGAGGAAAAUAGGCAUGUUAAAUGUGGACUUCGACAAUGAAGCCUGUGAACCUUGUUGUCCUGCACCUUCAAAAGUGGUUUUGAAUUCAGCAGUUUCAAACUUUGCUAGUGGUGCUGCCAGUGAAGAAGCAAAAAUCAUGGCAAGGCAAGAAUCAUUGUGCUCCUCUUCUUCCUUUAGCUAUGGAUGGAAAUAUGAUGUGUUUCUCAACUUUAGAGGCGAAGAUACUCGUCAUGGUUUCACUGGCCAUCUCUACAAAGCUCUUCAUGAUAGGGGAAUCCACACCUUCUUUGAUGUUAAAGAGCUUCAAAGAGGAGAGCAAAUCACACCAUCACUUGUCAAGGCAAUUGAAGAAUCCAGGAUUGCCAUCACUGUGUUCUCUGAGAACUAUGCUUCUUCUUCAUUUUGCUUAGAGGAACUUGUCCAUAUCAUUCACUCCAUCAAGGAAAAGGGUCGGUUGGUUUUGCCAGUUUUCUAUGACGUUGACCCUUCUGAUGUGCGAAAGCAUACAGGUACUUAUGGUGAGGCAUUGACUAGGCAUGAGGAGAGGUUUAAGGAUAACAUGGAGAGGUUGCAGAAAUGGAGGAUGGCUUUGUGUCAAGCAGCUGACUUGUCUGGCUUUCAUUUCAAACAGAAUGAGAAUGAAUAUGAGUUUAUUGAGAAGAUUGUUAAAGUGGUCUCCAACAAGAUUAAUCGCACUCCUUUACAUGUUGCGAAGUAUCCAGUUGGAUUGGAGUCUAAAGUGAAAGAAGUAAUUUCACUUCUUAAUGUUCGAUCUGAUGGAGUCCGCAUGAUAGGGAUCCAUGGAAUUGGGGGAAUAGGGAAGACGACAGUUGCUCGAGCAAUUUAUAAUUUGAUUGCCCAAUCAUUUGGAGCUUUGUGUUUUCUUGAUAAUGUGAGAGAAAAUUCAAUUAAACAUGGAUUAGAACGUCUCCAAGAGACUCUUCUUUCUGAUUUAGUAGGAGAGAAGGAUAUUAAGUUAGCAAGUGUAGAUAAAGGAAUUCCAAUAAUAAAGCAUAGGCUCAAGAGGAAGAAGGUUCUUUUAGUUCUUGAUGAUGUUGACAAACUGGAGCAAUUGGAGGCAACUGUUGGAGGGCUUGAUUGGUUUGGUUCUGGCAGUAGAAUCAUCAUUACAACUAGGGACACGCAUUUGCUGAAAAUUCAUGGGGUUGAGAAAACUUAUGAGCUAGAUGGGUUGAAUAACAAAGAAGCUCUUGAAUUAAUUAGUUGGAAUGCUUUUAAAACUGACAAAGUUGAUCCCAGAUAUGUAGACAUUUUAAACCGUGUAGUAACUUAUGCUUCUCGACUUCCAUUGGCUUUGGAGGUAAUAGGUUCCAACUUGUAUGGAAAAAGGAUAGAAGAAUGGGAAUCUGCAUUAGAUCAGUACAAAAGAAUUCCUAAUGAAGAGAUCCAGAAGAUACUUAAAGUAAGUUUUGAUUCUUUGGAGUAUGAUCAGAAACAAAUGUUUCUUGAUAUUGCUUGUUGCUUUAAAGGAUAUGCUUUGUCAUAUGUCUAUGCUCAUCUUGAUUUCUGCCUAGAAUAUGGUAUUGGAGUGUUGAUUGAAAAAUCUCUCAUAAAGAUUGAUGUAUUUGGUCAUGUGACAUUGCAUGACCUGAUAGAGGACAUGGGUAAAGAGAUUGUCCGACAGGAAGCACCAAGAGAGCCUGGCAAACGUAGUAGAUUAUGGUUCCCGGAUGAUAUAGUUCAAGUUUUAGAAGAUAAUACGGAGUUUGUGAAUAUGAGAGUUUUGAAUUUUAGUCGUUGUCAUUGUAUUACAGAGAUACUUGACGUGUCUGGUGUUCCAAAUUUGGAAGGAUUAUCAUUUGCAAAAUGUGAAAAUUUAAUUAAAAUUCACAAAUCAGUUGGAUUCCUGAAUAAACUUAAAAUCUUGAACGCUGAUGGUUGCAAGAAGUUUAGGAGUUUUCCACCUAUUGAGUUGACCUCUCUUGAAAAACUCCAGCUUUCAUGUUGUCCUAGUCUUGAGAAUUUUCCAGAAAUAUUAGGACCAAUGGAAAAAAUAACAUAUCUUGAAAUCCGAGACACUCCCAUAAAAGAACUGCCAUUUUCAAUUCGAAAUCUCACUAGGCUUGGAAGACUAAGGCUGACAUGUUGUGGAGUUUUUCAGUUACCAAGGAGCAUUUUGAUGAUGCGAGAUUUUCGUAAUUUUAAUUUUGAGGAAUGUGAGGGAUUGCUUAUAUCUAAACAGGACGAAGGUGAUGCACAAGUGAGCUCAUUGGUGUUAAAGAACACCUUUGAUAUUAACCUUUCGAAAUGCAUUAUGUCAGAUGAAUUCCUUCGAAAAGGUCUCCCUUUGUUUUUAAAUAUGCGACGGUUAUUCCUAGACGAGUGUAAUCUCACAAGUCUUCCUGCAUGCAUCAAAGAAUGUCUCUUUUUGAAAAAAAUUGAGUUAUUUUGGUGCGAGAAUUUUAGGGAAAUUGGAGGGAUUCCACCCAACUUAGUAACAUUCGAAGCAAUUGGGUGCCGAGCCUUGAAAGAUUUAGACCUCACACUAUUUCCUGGAUGUUUGAUGACACUUAUUCUGAGAAAUUGCGAGAAUCUUCAAGAAAUCAGAGGGAUUUCACCCAACAUAAGAACUUUGCAAGCAACAGGCUGCCCAUCCUUGACUUCCGAGUGUAGAAGCAUGUUACUGAAUGAGGAAUUGCAUGAGGAGGGUGGAGACAAAGCGUUUCUCUUGCCAAAAACAAGGAUUCCUGAGUGGUUUGAGUACUGUACCAAUGGACCGUCAAUUUCUUUCUGGUUUCGUAACAAGGUCCCUGCGAUAUCUCUAUUUUUUGCUAUUCCAUUCAAAUUUCACUAUUUUGGGCUCAAUAUGGAAGUCAACGGCAUUUCAAAAGAUACAGGAGUGGGUUUCAAUUGGUUUCCCCUGGCAGGGGAUUAUACAGUUCUUUGUGAUAUAAAACAGGAAAAACUUGACGGAAUUUUUUCUGAUAUAGAAGAAAAUAAAUGGAAUCAUGUGGUGUGUACUGCAUCAAACAGCAGAGAAGAAGUGUUUGUCAAACAAAGUGGAAUCCAUGUAUUCAAACAAGAAUGUCGCAUGGAGGACAUUCAAUUCACCGAUCCACUGUUGCUGAAAGAAGAGCACGAGUAUAAAUUGGUGGACAUGACAAAUUCUCUGACAAUUUAUGCAGCACCAAACAAUAAUGUGAAUUGGCAUUCAAAUUCAAUGGUACCAAAGCUGGGGAGUAGCACUCCCGAUUUCCUAGGAUGUGAAAUUGUGUCCAGAAAGAGGAAAAUAGGUAUGUUAAAUGUGGACUUGGACAAUGAAGCAUGUGAACCUUCCUGUCCUGCACCUUCAAAAGUGGCUUUGAAUGCAGCAGUGUCAAACUUUGCUAGUGGUGUUGCCAGUGAAGGAGAAUCUUCUCAAAACCCAGGUUUUACAUAGACACUAAAUAUUCAGGCCUCCAGAGGACAAGAAAUAUACAUAAAAACGUUUUGCAGUGUUGACAACCACAAUUGACGUGUCUUUCAAAAAUCAAAGUGAUCUAAGUCAAAAUGAUGUAGAAACAGAAGCAUUUUAUGCUUCUCUUGAAGAUGAGACCCAUGUUCUUGCAAACCUUUCAGGUUUGCAAGAUAAACCGGCCACCACUGAUCCAAAUGAAAAGGUCAGGGAAGCAUUGAAAUUAGUACAAGACUUCAUCUCCAAUGAUGCCUCAGUUUUUCAAGAUAAAUGUAGUAUCAUGAAAACUAGGAAUAUGAGGAGAAAUGAGAACAUUGAUAUCAGAAGCUUCAAGGGUGCUUACACAUUGGAGUAGGGAUUGCAUUGAAGUAAGUAGGAAAAUUGAGUCCACUGCAUCUGCAUCUGAGUUUGGUGAGAGCUGAUAAAUUAGAAGCUGAUUUAGAAAUAAUAUGAACCACUUCAGGGAAGUUGUGGCAUUAGAAAAAGUGCUUCUUCAAAAGUUAGCUAGAAGAGCAAAUCAAUGCCAUAAAAGCUAACAUCUCAUAAGAGAAGGAAAGACAAUGACACAAACUAUAACUGCCCUGUGCAUAAAUAAUUUGGUUAUAGUUUUUUGAAGUCCUUUUGUUGUUGAUUGACUAGUUG